AAAAUGGCCAAGUGGAACCACACAACAGUGCAUGAGUUCCUUCUCCUUGGCUUCACUGAUCGUCAAGAAAUCAAUGCAGGCCUCUUUGUCCUCUUCAUAGCCAUCUAUGUGAUCACUCUGGUGGGGAACAUUGGUAUUAUCUUAUUAACCUUGAUCUGCCCCACUUUACACAGUCCAAUGUACUUUUUCCUCAGCAAUUUGGCUUUCCUAGAUAUUAGUUAUUCUUCCACCAUUACUCCCAGGAUGCUGGCCAAUUUCUUAAGAGAGAAGAAGGCCAUUUCAUUUGCAGGAUGCAUUGUUCAAAUGUACCUAUUUGCUUCCUUUGCAGAUGCUGAGUGCCUUCUUCUGGCUGCCAUGGCAUAUGACCGUUACAUGGCCAUUUGCAACCCGCUACUCUACCCUGUCCUUAUGUCUCACAAAGUGUGCAUCUCUUUGAUAGCAGGUUCUUAUCUGAUUAGUAGCGUGACCUCAUUGGUGCACACUUGUUUUACUUUUCACAUCUCCUUCUGUGGAUCGAAUGUCGUCAAUCACUUCUUCUGUGACAUCCCUCCACUCUUGGCCCUCUCCUGUUCUAAUACCUACAUAAAUGAGAUGAUCCUCUUCGCUCUGUGUGGUUUUAUACAGAUGAGCACUUUCUUGUUCAUCCUCAUCUCCUAUUCCUCUAUCCUUUGCACUGUUUUGACAAUUCCUGCCAACAAAGGCUGCCAGAAAGCUUUUUCAACUUGCAGCUCCCAUUUAAUUGCUGUUGCCCUUUUCUAUGGUGCCCUCCUUUUCAUAACUGCUUCCAGUUAUGCCCCAGACACUGAUAAAAUAAUCUCUGUUUUUUAUACUGUGGUGUUUCCCAUGAUAAACCCCUUGGUCUACAGCCUGAGGAACAAAGAAGUGAAGGAUGCCUGGAAGAAAACAUUGGCAAGAAAAGUUUCCUGA